AUGCGCCACUUCGACACCUGGAUCCUUCGUGAUCCCUACUCCAUCUGGCACUACUAUCCAACCGGCCAUCGCUGGCGUGAUACCGUCCGCGAUUUAAUCCACUCGCGCGAAAUCUGCUCUCCCAAGAACACUAGUCAUCCACCUAUAGAUUGGAGGCAUCCACCACCAACCCAAUCCCAACCUCAACUAUCCCCUCUCCUUCGCCUUCCCCCCGAACUCCGCCAGAUGAUCUGGUCCUACGUCCUCACCAACUUCCCAACCCCAAAUCCCCAAAUCCCUCAAACCAUCCACUUAGUUCAACUCAAAAGCAAAAUCCGUCAUGUCCGCUGUCCAGUCCCAAUCCAUACCCCUCACCAACACUCCCAUCAAAGUGUGUCCCAUAAGAACCAAUCAAAUCACACAAUUGAACCAAACCCCUCCUUAACUCAAAACCGCCACUGCUGCCCCACAACCCCCGCCCGCUGGCGCAUCUACGACGGUCGAGUCCCAGGCCAUAGCGACAGACUCCUCUAUCCACACACUCACUCCCAUCUCCCGUCAACUCUAAGUAAUAGCAACGCCGCUCUGCUACGCGUUUGUCGGACGAUUUACUUCGAAGCAGAGACCAUCCUGUAUAAAGGGUCGCACUUUGAUGUCGACGAUCUAUACACGUUCAUCACAUUCGCGGCAUCGCUGUCGCCUGCUGCCCGGAAUGCUCUUUCACGAUUGACCGUCCAGUGGAUGCCGAUCUGGGUGCCUAUGGCUGGGUUGGAUCAUGAGGGGUCGAUCUAUGCGCAUACGCAUAGUGAUGAGUUGUGGGUGCGGUUUUGGGACGUUGUAGCUUCGUUGGAGGGAUUACGGGUGUUGGGGUUGAGUUUGGAUCUGGGGAGGUUUACGAGUGUUGUUGGGAUUACUGGGGAGGCGGUUGUUUCGGGUCAGAGGAUUCCCUUUGGAAUUGAGGAGAGGUGGGUGAGGCCUAUUCUUAAGGUGAGGGGGUUGGAUGGCUUUGAUUUGGCGGUUACGGCUAGAUGUGAUCUGCUUGCUAAGGGGGUGGUUGAGGGGGAGCUGGUUAGGGAUGUCGGGCUUUUGAGGGAGGAGUUGAGGGGGAUCUUGUGUGGGCCGAGGGGGAGGAGUGGGCGUGGGGGAAUGGUGACGGGGAUGGAUGUGGAGGAGAGGACGAGGAGGGGGAUCAGGUUGGCUAUUACUGCUACUUGA